AUGGGUCUGUCUCAAGAAUUUGCUUCAUACUUUUCCCCCUCGUAUAUACUACUGUCCCAACUUCCUCAGAUUGGCGACAAAGCACCGUCAUCUCCACUUUUGGUCCUCCCCGCUGAUAAUGGCAAUCCAACGAUCUUAUCAUUCCUCCGACACUGUGGAUGCCCCGGUUUGUCCUGCAAGCCCUCCCCCGAUAUGAGCAAAACUAAUCCCAGAUCUUUGUCUAAAGCCGCUGAAGUAGCGUUCCUUGAAAUGCGCACUGCAGCCGCUCAGAACCCCGAUAUCAACUUCAUCGCCAUAUCUCACAGUGACCAGUCAUCAACGGACAAAUGGCUGAGUGCCGUUGGUGGUGCAGGCUCUGUCACUGUUAUUGUUGAUUUCGAGCGUGAGUUAUAUGCGCUGUGGGGGUUGGGGAUUGUUUCCUGGGGUCAUAUGUUCAGUCCUGGUGGGUUGAUGGGAAUUUUCAGGAUGGGGAAGGAUAAGGGUAUUUGGAAUCGGCCAACUCAGAGUGGGAGCAGGUGGCAGUCCAGCGGUUAUUGGGCAGUCGAUGGGGAAGGCUAUGUGCGGUGGGGAGGCCCUGCGGCGAGAGUUGAUGAUGUGGGCCGUGUUCCGGAGGCUAUUGAUGCUUUGCGAGGGUCGCGCCAGGGCUGA